AUGGAAGGGUACGUUCCCUUGACAGCCCAUCUCAAUUUGUCAGGGCGUCCAAGAGGUCGACCGGGGCGGAAAAGGAAAGCAGAUAACACAGCGGCUCAGACGAAGAAGCAGAAAGUAGCUAAUGAGAAAAAAACAGUUCAGCAGAAGAAGAGUCGAUCGAGUGCCUCUGCAGCAGAUGAUAUAACACACGAGGGGUCAAAACCAUCGCAUAAGGAAAGAAGCUUUAGUAAUAUUUCUUCGAAAUCUACUUCUAAGCUUGUUCCUGGACCAUCUUCAUCUAAGCACGUUCCUGGACCAUCUUCAUCUAAGCAUGUUCAUGGGCCUGCUUCAUCUAAGUUUGUUCCCGGUCCAUUAUCUUCGAAGCCUGGUCCAUUAUCUGCAAAGCUUGGUUUUAGUCCAUUGUCUUCGAAGCUUGGUCCCGGUCCAUUAUCUUCGAAGCCUGGUCCAUUAUCUUCGAAGCUCGGUCUCGCUCCUUUAUCUUCGAAGCCUGGUCCGUUGUCUUCGAAGCUUGGUCCAGGACCAUUAUCUUCGAAACUUGGUCCUGGUCCAUUAUCUUCAAAGCUUAGUUCUGGUCCAUUAUCUGCAAGGCAUAGUUCUGGUCCAUUAUCUUCGAAGCUUAGUUCUGGUCCAUUAUCUUCCAAGUUUAGUUCUGGUCCAUCUUCUUCCAAGUUUAGUUCUGGUCCAUCUUCCUCUAAGCAUAGUGCUGGUAUAUCUUCUAAGCUCAUUACUGGUCCAGGUUCUUCUGAUAAGUCCACACCUAGUAGAAGCUCGACUUACAAACGGCCAUCACUCUCUGGAUCAUCCGCGGAACCUAUCUAUACAAACAUAUCAACUCCUAGGAGAAGUUCUACACAUAGUUCCUCUAGAGAACCCGCAUUUGUUCCGUCGUCGCUUCCUGGAUUGAGCACUACUUAUUCAAUUCCUAAGAAAAGUUCAUCCCAGGCUCCACCAGUUUCGCGAACUGUUACGGUUGAAAAGAGUACGGAGUUUAGAUCCAAUUUUACGAUACCUAGGAGGAGUUCUGCCCACAGUUUGGGUGAUGAACUGAGCAAGUUUUCUGAAGCAGUCUAUAGAUCAAAGUCAAGCGAUGUUCCAUAUUCUGAGCGUAGCUCGACACAUACAAGUGUAGAAAGAAAAACUUCUGUAGGUUUGAAGAUUGGAGAAAAUUUAACCGGUUUUUCAAUACCGAAGAAAAGCUCGACUCAUGGUUUGACUCCAGGACGUUCUCCUGCGUCAGAAUCAUUAGGAAAAGCAAGUUCACCUUUAUUCUCAACUGCUAGAUCUUCCACGCACGAUGCAAGUCCUCUUGUUUCGCCCAGUUCCAUUGCAGGCUCGACGACAAAUGAUCUUGACGUGCUUGAAGCAUCUUUGCUCGGAUCACAUACGAAAAAAUCUUCUGUCCCAUUUGUAUCUCCAGCACACUCGAAGACUUUUUCAACUCCAAAAACUGCAAAGUUUUCGUCAAAAAAAGGUGAGAAAGAUGGAUUAGAGCAUAAAGACGUUUCUCAAUCAGCCGGUGCCUCUUCAAGAGUUGAUGUCGAUACUGCUAGUAGUUCAAAAAGCCCAGCGUUUAGUUCUAGUGGUAUUUACUCAACUCCGCCGAGUUAUGCUGGAAGUUCUUUGAUGAGAGAGUCUCCAAUUGCUGAACCUAUGUUCACUCCUUCGUCAAGCUUCUCGACUCCUAAGACAUCUAAACAUUUUUCAUCUAUUGGAAAGUCUGAUCCUGCACAAGGUAGUGUAGUGAAGCAAUCGGGCGUAAAGCAGUCUGUUGAUGGUUUAAUGCUUUCAUCCGAUGAAGUCCGUCAGUCUACUCCAAAGAGUUCGAAGCAUGUAUAUCGAGGAGUAACAUCUGAAGUAACUGUUGGGCCAGCUUCCCCAUCCACUAGCUCGAAAGGAUCAAAGUCUACAUCCGACCAUUCGGUUUAUCGAACUCCAACACGAUCUAACGAUGGCGUUCAUCUCACUACUCCAUCUACUUCUGGUACUUCUUCAAGCCAUAAAAGUGGGGACUCUCGGUCACCAACAGCGCGAAUUGAUGCUCUUGACCCGAAAAAGAUUAAAUCGUCGAGUUCUGAAGCCAAUACAGGAUUUGAUGUUACUAGCUCUUCUAGUUCGACAAAGCGCAGUGCCAAAGAACCACAUACAACUGGUUUGAACCCAAAAUUAAUCCCUAACGUAGGCUCAUCUAUAUCACAAAUUCCUCAUCCUAGUACCCUCGCUCACACGAUCUCUGCUCGCUCUUCUGACUCCGGACGAAGAGCUAGUACCGGAAUGAUACAUACUAUUGGUUCCGAUUCUGGAACGAUCUCAAAUCCUAGUUCAAAUGUUUCUCUUAUUCACGAUUCUUCAGCUACAGUUAAAUCGAUCUCCAAAUCUUCUACCUUUCUUGGAAAACAAUCAAGUUCGGGCUUGUUACGUAGUGAUAAAUUUAAUUUUGAAAUGAUCUCAAGUGAUAGCCCUAAUGCUCGUCAAUCAUCAGAAUCCAGGAUAGCGCAUGAAACGAUCUCAAAAGACUCAUCACAUUCUAGACAAUCGACUGCCAGUUCGAUAAACCCUCUGAAUUCCAAUACUGGAAAGAUCUCAUCUUAUGAUUCAACCCCUUUGAAGAAGCUAGAUGUUUCUCCAAUAGUUGAAUCGAUCUCGACAAGUUCUCCUAUCUUGGGCCAAGUAGCGAGUACUGCGCUGUCAUUCCCCAGUUCGUACGAUGCUGGGAAGAUCUCAACUCAUAGCCCAAGUUCUCGCGACUCUGCGUCCACAGGUAAAAUGAUUUCUGGCGGUACAUCAUCAUUAGAAAGAAACAUUACUUCCUUGGAAAGUAGAAGUGAGCUAACGCAUCAAAAUGUUGUAACUGCUGUUGCAACUACUGUUAGCGAGAAAACAGCUGAUACAAGUUUGACAUGGAGGCUUGAUACUAAUACGACAGUUGGACCAGGUUUUAAAGACCUCUCUUUUUCUCAGCCUCGAGAAGACCUUCACAAUGAAGAUUCUCAGGAUAGAACCAAAGCCAAACCGUUUCCUGUUAAGUUUUCUGUUCCCGGAAAAGGUGCAGCGAAAAUUCCUACCGUUCCUCGAAUUUCCACAAUCACUGCUAGUGCUGAUAAGUUACCAGUGAAAUUUUCGAUUCCGGGAAAGAAUCCUUUUUCUGUUGGUUCAACAAUCACUCCUAAAUCCAAAGCUGGAGAUGGCUCAACAGAUGUAUCACUUCCUGGGAGUUCGAAAGCUCCACCGCCUGUUGCGAAACAGUAUUCGGUGAAGUUUUCAGUUCCUGGUAAGACAACAUCUGCUGGAAAAAUCUCAACAAUCCUUCCGACUACGAGCGCAGCUUCAGCUAGUACUUCUCGUUCAGUGGCCACACCAUCUGUUUUGGCCUCUAUUUCUUUGCCGUUAUCAUCCAAACGUCAAACUGUGAUAGAGAAAUCCGAAGCUUCUAAACUCGCCUCGAAAAUGAAAGUCACCGGCGCUCGUUCAUCUUCCAGAUCUAGAACCAUUGCUUUUGCUAAUAUUGUGAAAAUCAUUCCUGCCAGGAAACACACAAGAAAGUUAUCACCGUUGGAAGGGUCCAAGAUCUCUUUACUUUCGAAGCGUUACAGUAUGAAACCGAUCAAAGCAUUCGGCUCAAAAUCUCUUUUGUCGUCAGGAUCAGGAGCUCCACCGAGCAGAAGUUCAAGUCUCUCAGUUAGAAAAUCUAUAUUAAAAACAUCAGCAUCUAAGUUGCGUUCUCGCUCUUCCAGUUUACCGAAAUCGACUUCGAACGUUUUUUCUGUUGGAAAAACUUUCAAACAAUCGCAAAUUUUUUCAAGUGGAACUGCAUUUGGUUCUGAGAAAUCUCGUCCGACUACCCUGGCAUCAUCGACACAAAAAGAAGAAGGAUCUUCUUCAACAGUUCUGGGCUUUCUUAAAACUCCAUUUGCACUACAAGAUUCUUCGCAACCCGCUCGCAUUUUCAAGGAAACUAUUGCGUUUGGAACACUCGCUGGAGCGAUAUUACCAUCGGUUGAAUCGGGAAAGACCGGAACUCUUUCUUCUUCAUCUGCUAGAAAACCUCAAACAACAACAACAACCUCUGCGAAGGCGAUUCCGGCUAGUUUUUCAAUACCAAGAACUUCUAGACAAUCGUCUUUUGGGAAAAAAUCUAAAACUUCACUUUCUAUAGCGAGAAAAAUGCUGAAGAAAGAGAAAAGUUCUUUGCGGUUAGCUUCUAAAAGAAAAAGAAUCCCUCUUGUUCAUCAAUCAAGCUCUAGGAAAACUACAAAAUUACUUCAAGGCCCAUUUGCUAGAAAAUCAAUUCUCAGAUCAUCUGGACGGCCUGUUCUGCCUUCGCUAAGUCAAAAAAUGUUGAAACAACAUUGUUCCAGCGGAAAAUUGGCCGAUUUGAGAAUGAAACUGAAAUCAUCAAGCAAACAGAUCCAAGGACAAAACUCUAGCGGUAGACCACUUCCUGCUGCUCGAAAAGUGGGUACCCCUACUUUUGCCGGGUUUUCAGCAGAGAAAAUGAGAAACGUUUUAUCUAGUAGAAGGCUUGCAGCAUCCAGUUUGAAUAGACGUCUAGCUCCAACUACUUCUACUCAGUCAAGUCUGCAAACUAUGGGAACACGUGCAAAGCCUAUCCGAGUUGUUUCGAACUCUUCGAAGAUUCGGAGGCCUUUCAAGCCUGAACUCAGUGCAAAGUCAGCUUCGCCAUCUUUGAGAACUAAUUUGCUUAGAAAUCGUCAAGUCAACACAAUUACUUCGAAAAGCUUAACGAAGGCAGCUUCGAAAAUUAAUGAUAACCGAUCAAGAUCAGCUGGUGCCGCACUUCUCCAACCAGGCAUUCGACCUUUCUUCACCAAACAUCCUUUUCGAAGAAGUGUCAGCCGUAUAGCUUUAGUUGGGAGCAACGAAUCUUCACCUACUCGACUAAAAGCCGAUCCUCGUACUCGUUUCAGACGAAAAAUAAUUACUGCUGGAACAACUGAGCAAAGAGAAUCCAUCUCCAGGUCAAGAAGUAUUCAACGAGAAAAACGUUCAGUCUCUUUGGGACCCACCAAGAAUCGCUCUGCAGCAAGAGCCCAAAAUGAACUUAAGCGUAGAAGUUUUUCGGUUCCUAGGAAAAGUUUACGCCAUCUCUCAACUCUCAGACCGUCACAAGGAAGGAGUUUAGAUGUAGUUCGGAAGCCUGCCAUAGAUCGUAGCAGAUCAGAAAGCAGACCAACUGCCUUGAGCACUAGUAUUACUGCGUCAUCCGAUCCAAGAACUGCCAAGUUCAUGAUUGCUAGAAAAAAAUCAAACAGCAAAAACGAUAAUAUAUAUGGUGAUGUAUCAGGCGUGGGUUGGACUGUUAUUGAAAGAAAAACUGUUCGGCAAUCCGUUAGUCAAGCAUCUUCUUCUACCAAAUCCAAAGCGCUUACUUCUAAAGUGAUCAAGCAGAAGAGUGCAAGUUACGGUCCUGCAGUACGUCAGGCAUACCUCAAAAAGCCUGGAACUGCCGCUAGCUCUAAAAAAAUGUCCUCUGUCAGACGAAGUUUGAGCCAUGGCUCAAGCGCUAGUACGACUCCAUUGAAUGCUAAUCGUCGAGGCAGAAGCAGAACUCGCAGAGCUACAGUUGCAAAGAAUUUCGGUUAUAGAACUAGUGCUCAGUUGCAACCUACUACAGCUCUCAAUAAUACAAAAUCUAAUAGGCCGCAUCCGAAAAUUGUUCAAAGUGUUGUGCCCUUGAAAAAAAGUGCUUCACCUCUAGUGAACACCUCUGGUCGAUCUACAGAGGCCUCCAAAUCACGCAUGAAGCUUUCCGAUUCUGGUAAAGCUGUAAGACCAGACGUUCAAAAGAAGUUUAUGCACAUUUCUACGUCUAAACCUAGUUUCAAAAAAGUUCCAUUUCUUGUAUCAUCCUCUUCUUCUCCUAAAAGGAAAAUAGUGCCUGAACGUUUCGUUGCGCGCUCUUCGACGAUGCCAAGAAGAACAACUUCAAUUCUUAAAAAGAAUGUUUCUGACAUUUCUUUUGGCAAACCUGGUAUCAAAUCUGAUGGUAGGAGCGCUGCAGCAUCAAAGCACAGGGUCCGCCCUACGUCUAAAGAUGCAGUAGAAGUUGAUUCCGCUUUUGUUAAUCAUGGAUCUCGUUUUGACUACACAGUACACGAUGCUAGGAAAAACAAAUCCAAGCCCUAUCGAAACAGCUCAGAUUACUCAAGACGUAUUCCAUUCGACAAAACAUCUGAGUCUUCAGUGGAGAAGGGAGACAUUGAGAAGAAGUUGAUGCAACGCAAAGAACUCAUGAAGAAAGUUGAGAGAAAAAUGCACGAUGAAGAACGUAGAAAGAAUGAAUCUCAAAAGAAAAUUAAGAACCCAAAUGACAAAACAGGAUUGGAUAGUAAAACAGCGCUUGCGUCAGAAGGAAAACUAGUGACCUCUGCGGAUGAGUUCAGGUGUUCUACUCCUUUCGGAAAACCUUCUGAAAAUCGUACUUCAAUGAAAAAAGAAGAAGCGAAGAAACCGUUCCAAAAGCCUGGUCUUUCCAUCAUCAGUUCCAAGGAUGAAAGCAGCCUCAAAGUAUCGAGAUCGUUAGCUCAUCCAGGUGACAUAAUUUUGAAAGACAAGCAAAUGGUUAAAAACAUCAAAACUAAUAUGAGAAAAUUAUCGUCAUCUGAACGCUUAGCGAGUAAAUUCCAUGAGCCUGCUGAUAGAUUAGAUAAAUCUCAGAAAAAGCAAACGCAAGAUGGAGUUUCGAAACCUAUCACAAUGAGAAAGACUCCCAAAGAGUUUGUUGUAAUUCCGCAAUCGCGCAAAGAAGACGAUUUAUUUCGUGCUCCAGUUGGUCGACCACCAGGUAGAGUUGCUCCGACUAGUUCAUCAGCACCAGUUGGUCCACGAAGAUUUAUUGGUUCUUCAACUGCAAAACUUAGUAAAGAUCUGUCGAAACGCUCCUCAUCCCAACCUAUUAAGUCGUCUUCAAAACUGUUCAGACAUCACUCAGGAGCUCUCAUACUAGAUAAUAGGAAAAUGCGUCUUCAACAUCAAGGAAAAGCUAUUCCUAAAUCUCACAUUGAGAGCUCCCGUCUGAAAGCACAACUUUUGCAAUCUAGGAAAGGAAAGCUCUCUACUCAAUCGCCGACGUUGUCGCGACUACCAGCAUCAUCACGCAGCUUAGCUGCUAAACCUGUACGACGAACUCCAAGAGAUACUCAGAAAAAAGUGUUUAGUAUGGAAUUCAAAUUAUCACAACUCAACAAGCGUAGCCGACACCGCACUAAAACGUGGUUCACUCCUCGAACGAUGGCACCACCUUCAUUUGGGGUUAUGAAGCGGUUGACUCCAAUAAAGAAAAUCUUUCCUCUUAGUAAAAGGAAAUUCUUACGGUCUCGAGCAUCCGGUAAGCGUUCAUUCCGAAAGUUGAGCUCUCCAAAGGCAACAUCGAUUCGUACAUGCAGCAACUUGCGCUCUGAUUUAGCGACUGUUCAUCACAAAAGAAAAGUGUUUCCAGUCAGAUCAAGACGCUUGCUCAAUCGCAAAGAAAGUCUGCUUUCGAAGUUCUCAAGAGGUGCAUUCCGUUGUAGAGAGAAGAGAUCAACCUCCAAAGCGUCUGUCAAAUCCUUGCCGGCAGAUUUCGGUUCCUCGAUCAGUCAAUUGAGAUUGCUUCACAGGCGGAAACAGCGUUCGUUAUCGCGAACAAGAGAGAGAGGGUAUUCACGAAGUAAGCUGUCCACCACACGAGUAUCAAGAUCUGUUAUCAAAACUAGCAGAGACUUUUCUCUAUCUCGCUCUGCUGUUUUACGCUCGCUUAAACUUCCUGGGAAGAUCCUCAGAAGCGUUCUUAAUGUUACCCGGAAAUUGACCUCAUCGAGAAGUCAUAAGAAAAUAUCGCCUGUUCCCACAAAGUCAGCCUCAUCGACUAAACCGCUUCGUCAUGUCAGAGAAAAACCAAUUUUCCUAGAUACAAUGAAAAGGUCACUUAGCCAAAAGAAAACAUCCUUCAUACCAAAUGCUCCGUCCACUUCAAAACAACCAAGUUCGACAAAGGAAUCCACGCAGUUGGAGAGAAACAUUGCCUUGUUCAAGGAAUUAUCUUCUCGGCUACAGAAAGAGUCUACACGUUAUUGUGCCCAAAACUUCUUCAAUUGGAAAGCUGUUGCAUCGCAAUCAAAUAAAAAAGCAGAUUCUUCACAAGGUGUAUGUAAGAAACUCUAUCCUGAUAAGUCGAAGUUUGCUGCUCCACGUAAUCUAAGAGACCACUCGAAGCAUACAUUAACACGAUCUCUAUCAAGACGACCUAUAGCAACCUCUCAUCUUUCAAGCCACGGAGUUCAAUCUUCAUUACGGAAAGAAUCAGUUACAAACCGAACAAGAUCAUUAAGUUCGAAUGCCAUGCGAGUUUCCCAGAAGAGCCCGGUUCGCAAACGUGUACCACCGAAAUCUAAACAAUCGACAGGUUCUAUGAUAUGCCCUCAUAAAAAACGUUUGCUGGCUUUGUCUCGGUCUUCGAAAAAAGAGUGCACAACGAAGAAACCAAGUCUUGCUCCUACCCUCAAAAGCUCACGUUCACGCACUUCUUCUCGUGACUCUCUACCAGGACAUACUGAACCAAAAACAACAAAAGUUGUGAAAAUAUCAAAUCCAAAUGCGAAACGUAAGGCAGCAAAGAGAGUGAUAGUUCCUAAGUUUGCAUUAGCAAGUACGACAUCAUCUCUACGAUCAGAUGCAUUGCUAUGGGCGAAAGAGUUGUCGUUGGCUUCUUUGAAAGAAGCUAAUAUGAAAGCUUCAACCAAAUUGGUUGUACCCAAGCCUAAAGCAAUCCUCACAACUAAAGCCAGUAUAAUUCCUUCACCACUUCCUUCCCCUCAACCGGAGCUAGUGAGAACCCAACCAGAAGUCAUUGAUUUAACUGAAGAAGCUGUGUCUAGUAAUAACACGGAAGAGGUGAUUGAAGUUACGUCUAGUGCAUUGCAGACAGCGAUCAUGAAUGAUAUCAUCGCUAUGCGUGAAAACGAUCGCUCUAAAUCGACUGAUAAAGAGCGUCUUGUACCAAGUAGUUAUGAAAUACUUUGCAUGAUGACAGCAGGCCUUCUAGAGCCGGGAUCAGUAGAUUAUUCAGCGCUUCAAAAACAGGGUCGAGUUGGUCAUAUCGCGUUGAAAGAGUUUCGUUUGAGAGAUUUUGACAUUCCAUUCACUAAAGAAUAUCUUGAACGCUUAGCGCGCGAAGGCAAAAAGCCACCAGGUACUGAACCUGAAGAUCCUGAUGAAGUUAUGUUCACUCACCCUGAUAUUCCGGACGAAUUUGACGGGACUAACCCAAUUCCUGAAAGCCCGCCUGAACAAGAAAUAAUCAUUACACCAGUUGUCAGAAUACCAACUCCAGAACCACCUCCACCUCCUAUGCCUGAACCUUCGUUACCUGCACGAAGGGGUAGAGGUUCGAGAGGAGGACGUCCAUCCAGAGGGCAAGGUCGAAAACGAGGUGGACAACAGGUGAAGCCCGUUAUUGUACCUUUGCCUCCAUUGAUACCUCCACGGAAGAAAAGUGUCUCUCCCUCUGCUAUCACUGCUGAGCGACUAAAACAUAUGACAAAGUUAGAUGUGAAAACUGCUAUUUUCGAUCUUGAUCGGUGUGAAAUAACUGCUCCCCCUCGUCCCAAGCCUAUUCCAGAGCCAGCUAAAGAUGCCAGUAAAUCAGGAAAGAAGGGCCGAGGUAAUGGUAGAACCCAGCCAGUUACAAGAGGAGGAGGUAGAGGUAGAGGAGGCAGAUUCUCAAAACCAGUUGAACCAGUCGCGCCUGUUGAGCCUGUGGAGCCUGAGAAGCCGAUUCGAUCGUCUCGUGGUCGGCCUCGCACAAGAGCUGAACCACCAGUAUCUACAAGACGAGCAACUCGUUCUCAGGUAGCUGCUGAGAAGAUGAUGCCACGCUACUUCACUCCACGGGUUCCUUUCUAUAAUAAGUUCUUAGAAAGCCUCUCUCGAAAGCGUGUGUUUAAUAAGAUAAAGUUAGCUGUACGUUUUCCUCCAGCAGUUAGAAAGCGAUUCUUUGCAACACUUCCCGAAAAGCUGAGAAGGCUGAUCAUUCUUAGAAGUAGAGCUAGAACCGUCAUCCAUCCACGACUGAACAAGAAAGUGAAGAUAAUUGUUCGCAUACCUCCCCCCCAGAAUGAAAAAGUUGAAAAGGAUAAGCAAAAAGAUAAGAAAACAGACAUUGCGGAUGACAAGACUACGGAUAAGACGACGGAAAAGAUUAUGGAAAAGUCGACGGAAAAGACGAAUGACAAGGCUAUGGAUAAGACAACGGAAAAAACUAUUGAGAAAUCGACGGAAAAAACGAAAGACAAAACGAAGGACAUGUCAAAGGAGGAGACGAAGGAAACGACUUUGGAUAAGACAAUGGAGAAGACUAUUGAUAAGACGACGACAAAAGCAAAGGAUAUGACGAAGGAGAAGAAGAAGAAAACGAAGAAGGAAAAGAAGACUGAAAAGGAAAGGAAGACGGAGAAGAAGACGAAAAAGAAGAAAAAGACGAAGGAGAAAACUAUGGAUGAGACAAAGGAGAACACUCUGGAUGAGACGAAGGAAAAGACUAUAGUUGAGACAAAGGAGAACGCUAUGGAUGAGACGAAGGAAAAUACUUUGGAUAAGACGAUGGAUAAGAAGAAGAAAAAGAAGAAGGAUAAGAAGAAGGAUAAGAAAAAGGAUAAGAAGAAGAAUAAGAAGAAGGAUAGAACAAGGAAAGAAAAGAAGGAUGACAAGGAGGAUAAAAAAGAGGAUAAGGAGAUGGAGACAGAUAAGGAGACUGAUAAAGAAAAAGAGAAAGACAAGGAGAAGCAGAAGAAGGUUACGAUUAUGCCUACGGAGAUGGUUAAGAAAAAGGAUAAAAAGAAGAUCAAAAAGGACACUAAGGCUAAAGAAAAGAAGGAGGAUGUCAUCAAGGAUAGCAAGAAGGAUACCAAGAAGAAUGACAAGAAAGAUAAGAAAAAGAAAAAGGAUAAGAAGAAGAAAUCCUCAAAAUUAGCUAAGACUUCGAUCAGAGGCUCUAAAAUAUCUAAGAAGAAAGCGAAGAAGCUGAAAAAACUUGCAUCUAGAUCUUCUAAGAAAUCAAAAAAGCAGAUUGUGAAGGGAGAAAGCUUGAAUUAUAGGAAGAAGCUGUUAUUGGAUCCGAGUUUCAAAGAUAGUAUUGCCCGAAAGUUAUACUUGAAGGGAGUGAAAGAUGAAACUAUUGACGUUUUGACUGGAACACCUGAAAAAGCAGAUGACACAAAACCAAAGCAUUCUUCUUAUUAUUAUCUGAGAUUCGGAAAAGAUAGACAUGCGGUGCGCCAAGCAUUAGAAGAAGUUGCUGAAGAAAAAGAAAAAGCUGCUAAAGAGCAAGCGGAAAAAGAGAAGCAAGAGGAAUUGGAGAAACAGAUUACUAAAGCUGUUAAAGAAUGUGCAAAGUGCCAAUUGCGACGACACAUGAGAUCUUGCCGAGUUUGCCUGAUGAAACAACAUGCGAGGACAUGCAAAAAAUGUCAGAUGAAAAGGUGCGCGAAAACUAGUAUAGCCAAGAGAACUCACAGGUCUCAACAACAAGUUGAACGUGUUCACAAAAUUGUUAGAAAGCCUGUUAUGCCCAUUCGACGCAAGCUAUUCAUUAGAGAGAACGCUCAACCGAGGGUUUUGAAGAAGACAAGAGAAAGAAACGCCCUUCACAAGUCCGCAGUGGCUUUAAGUCAGAAAGUUUUCAACAAGAAGGAGAAGGAGAAGCUCUGGAAAGAGCUUGCAAUGUUCGAAAACUGGAAAGACGAUGUGAAAAGAUACAAUUCCUAUUCACGUGUUCCCUUAACUGAAAGUGAUGUGGUCAUGCUCAGGAAAGGAGAAGCCAUCAAUACGGCUAGACGUCAAAUUUUCCUGGAAAGCAAUUCUUUAACACGUGCAGAAAUAUCUACAGUGAGGAAAGCAAAGGCUAUGCUUUUUAAGUUGAAAGCUUCUCUCACAAGCCACAAAACCAUUUCAUCAGGAGAAAAACUGAUGAUUAGGAAGUUACAGCGUAUAAAGUCGAGAAUUUCUGCAGGCUUUGCCUGCGCAGAAACCUUGUCUGAACAUGAUACUUACAUCAUAACAAAAGCUAAGGCUGUUUUCAAGAAGAUGACAACAUUAUUCGAUUCUGUUCUACAGGAAAAAAGCCUUCUGAGACAAGCAGUCAGAGCAGCUCCAACUCUUUCAGUCACAGAGAAAUUGGUUGCUCCUACAUUAGUUGCUUCAUCGAUUGGAAAGGUUACUGAAGAUUCCACAUUGAAAGCAAUUAAAUAUAUUUCGAAAGACACCAAGAGAGCAAAAGCAAUUUUGAGACUUCUGAGUAAUGAAGACAGAGUGAUCGUUGUACAGACUCAUAAAUUCAUGAAGCUGGAAUGGAUUGGAUCUCAACCACUUCAAGACGUGAUCAGAAAAGGCCAAGCAAUAGUUGCUAAAACCAAGUUCCAACUUCAGAGCCGAGAAGCGAUCAAAAUGAAGAAACGGAUGAGAAUCAAAGCUAAAGAAGAUAACAGACGCAAGCUUCUGACGAUACGUCUCAGCAUUCUCAAAAAAGAAAUCCCGAACUUGAAAAAAGGACAUUUGCUCUCUAAAGAAGAGAAAAAGAUUGUUUUCAAAGCAAAUUCUAUCCAAAGAAGGAGAAAUCGUUCAAAAGUCAAAUCAUUGAAACCGGAUGACGCAACACUCUUGAAGAAAGCUAGAAGCAUUGUGAGAAGAGUCGACAGUAUCUGGGAAGCAUCGAGAAAGACUGAAGCACGAUUUGCCCGAGAAGCUAGAGUGUAUUCUGAAGCUAGAAAGAUCAUCGAGAGAAUGAAUAUUCGUAUCAAAGAAUGCAAAAUGUUAGCACCAGAAGAAUAUGAGAUUCUUGAAAAGGAGAAGAAAAUUAAUAAAAGAUCGCACACACUGACCGCAGAGCAGAAGUCGAUUAUACGACUUUCAGCUAGAAUCAGGAGAGAUGAAGAAGAACGAAUUAGGAACGCGAAGGUUCUCUCCGUAGAAGAAGAAACUAUCUUGAGCAAAUCGCGAGCUAUAAUGAAAAAGAAUGCUUCUUUGAAAAACGCAUUGAAAAAAUGUAAUUUCGCAAUGCCCGAACUCGAAAACAUCGUUGGAAACAGAAAGCAUUCUUCUUCGACAAAAGCUCAACAGAAAGCUGCGAAACACGUAUCAGCUCGAAAGAGCGAAACUUCUUUCCACAAGAAAUGUUUGAAGAUAAGUUUCGAUUCUGUUCUAAGCAGAGGACUCGAAAACGCAAUCAAUCCCUACAAGGCUGAUAUCGAUAAGCUGAGUGCCACACAUGUACCUUCUCCUAAUAUUGCAGACAAAGCACUUUCAUUGUUUGAUAUUCCUUCUGCUCGUCAGCUUAUCGAAGCAGGCACUGGUCCUGGCUUAAAUGCUCAUUUCGUAUCUUUGCAAAAUGCUCUUCAUAAGUCUGUCAAAGACGUUAUCGAAAAAGGUGAAGAAGUGAGAAAAGCUCAGCAAGUUCGCAUUGAGAAAGAAUCGGCUUUGAAGAAAGCUGCAGCAGAAGCAAAGAAAGAGAAGCAAACAAUUGAUCCACUGAAGGAACCUUACUGCAGUUUGAUGCAAGAAUGCUUGGACGCUGCAAAAUGUGCAUCGAACAAGGUAGAUGAACUGAACCUAGCUCUAGCACAUUCCAGUAAGUGCCGCGCAGCGCUGCAAAAAGCUUCUAAGGUUCUUUUCAAAAAACCAUCAGAAAAAUAUGGAAAGGCCAAGAAAGCUGAUACCUCAAAGAAAGUCAUUCGAAAAGUUUCUCGAGGUCUUAGGACUGACUCGAAACUCAAGAAUGUAUCUGCUUCUUUUACAUCUGCAAGACCUGCGAAGCGAAAAGCUGAUUCACUAUCGACCGAGGAUCAUAGUUCAAAGAGAUUGAAGAAAAGCGAUGGAAAGGAAACCACGAAAGGAAUACCUGCAUCUAUCUCGAAUAUUUCCUCACAGAAGCUUAAACCAAUUGUUGAAACUGUCAAAGAGAAGUCCACAACUGCGAGUGUGAAGACUGUGUCUUUGAAAACGAGGGAGGACUUAGCCCGUGGUGAACAGAAAAUACAUCUCAAACUCGAUACCAUCGUAAAAGAUACGAAGAAGACAAAGCGUUCGAAAGAAGAAAAGCCGGCAUUAGAGACUUCACAUUCGAAAGAGAAGGCUCGUUCAAAGGAGAAGACGGAUUCCAAGGCUAAGACUGAAUCAAAAGAAAGGAAACAUUCUAAGGAGAAAACGCAUUCGAAGGAAAAGAUGGAUUUGAAGGUAAAGAAGGUAUCAGAGGAGAGUAAGCAUUCGAAGGAGAGGACGCAUUCGAAAGACAGGACGCUUUUGAAAGACAGGACGCAUUCGAAGGAGAAAACGCAUUCGAAAGAGAGGACGCAACCGAAAGACAGGACGCAUUCGAAAGACAGAACGCAUUCAAAAGACAGGAAGCAUUCAAAAGACAAGAUGCAUUCCAAGGAAAAGCUGGAUUCAAUGGAAAAGACGGGCUCUAAGAAAAAGAAGCAUACCAGAGAAGAAAAACAUUUGAAAAAAGAAAGACGUUCCCAGAAAGAGAAGCUUUUGAAAGAAGGGAAAAAUUCCAAGAAAGAGAAUCUUUCAAAGAGAGAGAAACAACCCAAGGAAGGUGAUCAACUGUCAAGAGAAAAGCUUUCUAAGCAAGAGAAGCAACUGUCGAAAGAAAAGCAUAUACCGAAAGAAAAGUCCUCAUCGAACCUCAUUCCUGUAGUCAGUGAGCAGGAUCUUACCAGGGCAGGAAUAAAGAAUAUUCCUGUAAAAGAGUUUGUUCAGAAACCUACCGAGGAAAGUUCCAGUAAAAACCUCUUGGAUAAAUUCUCCCAGAAAUCCUCUGACGAUAAAAAGCAAAAACUUGCCCAACAGAAGCAGAUCAGUAAAGCCAGUGAACAGAUAACAACCGUUGGAGAGAAGCAUCAGCUAGGAUCGGAGAAUGAGCAUCAUGGCAAGAAAACUGUUGUUGAGGACGAAGCUACCAAAACUUCAACACAAAAAGAAGUUUCUCUCACUACCAUUAAAGAACAUACUCAGAAGCAAGUUGAGCAAAGCACUAUGAAAACAUCAGCAAAAACAACGGUGCAUGUCGAUAUCACUAGCACUACUUCGGGACAUCGUCUACGAGAUGUAAGUAGUACAGUCGAUCAAACAACAACAACUGUGAAUCUUGUACUACCAGUAGCUGCUGCAUCCCUAGAAGAAAACGGAAGCAAAGUGAUAACCGAUACCAAGCGUCAGCAUCAUUCAAAAGACGAAUCUUCUCUCAGAAAUAUUCAUGAUGCUUCAGCUAAACUCUUCGCUCGAGAUGAACCGUCAUCACACAGUGCAACUGUAACAGGUGUCGAGGAACAACUCAAAGAAGCUAUGAGAAAAGAGAGUGCUAAACGAGCAGCUCAAGUAGAUCCUAGACUUGAUAUUGCUCAUAAAAAGUUCAAAGAGCAUGCUGAUAAAGAACUACUUAAAGCUGCUAAGCUAGCCGAGAAACAAGAUACUGCUCUCAUUAACGAAGAAAUUGCUCAAAAGGCUGCAAAAGUGCUACUGAAGAGAAAGGCUGAAUCUUUAUCUAAAGAAGAAGAAGAGGCGUUGAAAACGGUGAAGGAGAUAUCAAUGAAAGAAUCUGCCUUAAGAGAAGCAGGCGCUCAAGCAAGAAGAGAAGAAGCAGCAAUAAGGGAAGCAAAGGCGAUUUCUCGGAAGAAAUCCUCGAUGAAAACUACUGAUGUCUUGGGUCAUGAAGACUCCUCCUCACUCAAAUCAUCAGCAUUUUCGAAAGAUAAGUUACUUUUGUCUGGUCUUGAUGCGGUUUCCAGAAGAGAAAAAGCAGAAUUGCUUGAAGCUAUCGAGCUUUCUAUGAAAGAAGCUGCUGCAAAAGAGAAGAAAACAACACCUGUUGACGAGCAUAUUUCUAAGAAAACUAAAGAAGUUCCCAAGGAAAAACCAUUAGCGAAAGAACAAGAACCUGCUUUGGUGAAGCAACACGCUGAAAUGAAGGAAUCAUCCGAAAUAUUGAAGAAAGACACUUCUGUGAAAAAGUCUGAGUUUUCUUCCAAGGACAGUAGAAGCCUAACGAAGAAAUCUAAAACUCAAGAGAUAUUCACAAAAGAAUUGGAUUCUAGUUCGAGAAGAGAAAAAGCUGAACUGCGUGAAGCUAUCGAACUCUCUAAGCGGGAAGUUGCUAAAGCUGAAAUAGUCAAGAAAGAAGAGUCCGAUUCUGACGAAGAGCUUAUUGUGGUGAAAAAGAAAUCCUCGAAGAAAUCUUCUGUGUUGAGAGAUAUUGAGAUCGUAUCUCGAAGAGAACAAGCUGAACUCAGAGCAGCUAUAGAGCUUUCAAAGAAGGAAGCUGCCAUGAGAGAAGCAGAAGAGCUGGCCAAAAAGAGGGCUGCUAAGAAAGAAGCCGAAGAAAUUUCAAAGAGGUCAAACGCCAAAAAAGAUUCACCUCAAGAGAAGCAUGCAAAGAAGUCGAAAGAUCACCUGAAAGAAGACGCUGAUUUGGAUCAUUCUGCAAGCAAAGAACAGAGUGAGCACAAAGAAGCUCGUAAAAAAGAAUCUGAGGUCAAAGAAUCCGAACUGCUUGCGAGAAGAGAGAAGCUAGAAGAGGAAGCUCGGAUGGAUGGUCAAACAAUCUCUAAGCAAAAAGACGUUAUCACGAAUGCCAACAAGGAAAUUGUGAGAAGAGCAGCUUCUUUGAGAGAAGCUGAAAGCAAAUGCGAAAAGAAAGAGUCCGAGUUACAAGCUAUGAAGGCUAAUCAGAAGAGAGGACUUCAUAGGAAAGACUCUGAAUUCAUGUCGAAGAAACUGGAAAUCACCGUUGAAGCUGCCAAGGAUGUCUCACGAAAAGCAGCUGCUCUCAGGGAAGCCAAAGCCACGCUAUUGCGAGAGCAAGACAACCUGAAAGAUAUGAAGAUGGCAAUCAGGAAAAAAUCAGUGAAACGCGAGGCAGCAAUUGAAGCUAUCAAUAAAGAACUCAACAGAAAACGUUUGAAGGAAAGCAUGAAGAGAGCGGCCACGUUUGAGAAUGAGAUUUCAUUCAAACGAAAGGAACAUGAGCAAACUGAAAAAGAAGCUAAAGAUGUUCAAAAGCAAGAAUCUAGCAAACACGUAAAGGCAGAAAACAUACCCAAGAAACCUGUGCAUGUUCCCCUAGAAAUUGAUGUUUUCAAGUUGACUGAAACAACUUCGAAAGAAGAUCUGAGCUCUCAGAAAACUAGCAAAACUCUGAGCAAAUCUGGAUCUGAUCAAGACUCAGAUAAACACUCUUCUAAGAAGCUCAAAGACACAUCAAAGAAAGAUCGGCGCAUGUCACUAUCAGCCGAUACAAGUCGCAGUAAUGAAAGUGAUAGUUUCAAAAGUAUUUUCUCUCCUCAAAUCUCACCGUGCCCGCAGCAAAAGGAGAAGAAGGGUUCCUCUGGUAUUAAGGAGAAACGAUCUCUCAUUGACAGCGACUCUACAGAUGACUCUGAUAAUCGCUUACAGAAGUCUCUCAAACUUGGAAAGAAACUGUUAUGCGAUAUAAACGAUUACACAGAAGAUCAUUCAAAAUCGGAUAAGAAACAAAAGAAAGAUAAGAAAAGCCAAAAAUCUCAUUCGCCGCUGUCAUCCCCUUCAAGCAUGUUCUCUAAAGACUCACAGAAAAUGAACAUUGGAAAGCAUGUCAGUCCUACAGAGAAAAAGGAAAACAUCAAGAAGAUUGAAAGUAUACCAGAAAAGGCUGUGAAGCAGAAGAAGAUCACAGAAGACAAAGAUAUCAAAGAUAAAGAACGUAAGAGGAAACAUAUGAAAUCAAAAUCUUCGAAGGAGGAUGCUAAAUCUUCUACAAGUUCAACAGUCAAUAAACGACAAAGAGAUGUUAGCGUUACUACAGAUGAGUCUGAUGAAAACUUGGAACCAACAUAUAGAAUUUCGGAAGAGACUAUGAAGAGUAAGCUGUAUCAAGCCGUUAGCUCAUGGGGAGAACGAUGUGUCAAGGAAGUAUUGUCUGUUUGGGAGAAAAACGAUCCUGUAACUGCCGUUCAGCAUAUGAGCACACAGUUCGCUAUUGAAGCCUACAAGGAAAUGGAAGAAGAAAGACUUCGCCAGGAAGCUGUUAAGAGAGGUGCUCAAGGUAAUAGAAAGAGAGCCACCACACCAACUACUUGUCCUGUCGUCAUAGAAAUCACAGACUGCGAACCAAUGGAUCAUGAUGUGCAAAUACUGACGCCAUCAAGAAGUAGGUCACCACGAACUGUCAGUAGCAAUACCACUCGUGAAAGAAGUGUUUUGGAUUUGUACAAUCCUUGGACUCGACCAUCUAUUUACAUACCUGAUAACUUCGGUACUCGCGAUAAACAAGAUGAAAAAGAAAUAAAAGAGCAAACGGCCUUACCGUCACCUAAGCCAUUCAUCAGACCGAUCAUAAGGCAAAAACCAUCAGUUGAUAACUUGAAGCUAGACUUGGACGCUGAAAAAGAGCAAACCAUUCCAGUUGCUUCAGAUACUACCCCUGAGCCAGUCAAGACUCCCUCUUUUAAGAAAUCAACAAACAAUCCACCGGAAGCGCCUAAAAAGUUGGAAGAACCGAAGAUUGAGCAAAAGGCGAAGUCACCAGUUGAUGUUGUCCCAGAAUCUGAUCAUACUAGAAAAACUUCUGAUAGCCAGCUACAACAGAAACGAAAAACACCUAUAAACUAUCGUGACUAUGCGAAGGUCACAAGAAUUGCCAACUAUGAGGAAUUCAAAACAAACUUGAAGGAGAUCAGCAGCGAUAAAGUCAGAAGACACUCUGAUGUUUAUGAUCAGUUGAGGCGUUCAUCUUUGGGUGAAACCAAUGAUGUUCCUCAUGAGAAGGUGAGUGAAGACAAGGCGAAAGCCUCGACGUCACAAAUACCAAAGUGGAACGAGUAUGAGAAGAAGAAUGAAAAUCCGUCAACAAACAAUGGGAGUGGAAGGCGGGAUUCUUGUGAGUAUAAUAAGCCUCACGAUAUAACCAAGGCUCCAUCUAAGCCUGAAACGAUCAUGAUCAAGAGAUCUGAACAGCCACAUGCAGUGAUUAGUGAUGCAGCUCAAACACCUAAAAGACAUCCUAUUGUUUCUGGAUCUACUACGCAUCAUCCUCCUGCAGCGAUACAACAACGUAAACCUGAACAGUUCCAUGAGAAAGAGAGAAAAGGAAGACCGCAACAGGAGCCUGCAAAGGUUACAAAUGAAAUGGGAAAAAGACAUUCUGAAUCUCACGACGCUUACAAAGCUCAAUCUUCUCAGGUUUAUCCUGGGUACAAGAUCGUCAAAGGAGAUGAAAAGGAGAAGAAAGACCGUACUUCAACGGGACCGUCAAGAGCUUUACUCGAUGUUGGCAAGAAAUUCCACGACGAUCGUAAAUCCCCCAGAAGCCCACCUCCACCACCACCUAAAGCGUCAAAAGCAUUCGGAAAAUCCGGGUCAUCUUCUCAUUCCUCCGAGAAAGAUAGGAGCAGAAAAUCAUCAGAAUCUUUGAGUAGGAAAUCGUUCGAUUCUUAUGAUCCUGCAAAGCUCACUGUUCCAUCCAUUCAAUCCCAUCGUGACUCAGAGAAACCCCAUGGAAAAGAAAAGGAACGCAUGAGCAAAUCGCCAGUUUCUCCCUAUCGUAAAGAACAUGAAAAGAAAAAAGCUGAUGAUUAUGAUCCUUCAAAACUGCCCCCACCUCCACCGAUGCCCUCACUCACAGUUCCCGAUACUUAUUCGAAAAGACCAGGAAAAUCAGGAUCAUCUUCUCAUUCUUCCGAUAAAGACAGGAGCAGAAAAUCAUCAGAAUCUCAUGGUUUCUCCAAUCUUCUUCCACCUCAGAUGCCCAAAUAUGAAACGGAAGGAACAAAGCAGAGAGAAAGAUCAAGGAAAUCUUCACAUUCGACAGAAAACGAUCCACUUGAUAGCAAGUUAACUGACUAUGAUCCAUCAAAACUACCUCCUCCGCCACCGAUGCCAACUGAUGAUAGCAUGAGAUCGCAUGAAAAACAAAAAGAAAGAGCGCGAACUUCAUCUCAUUCCUCAGACAAGAGUUCAGGUCGAAAAUCGUUCUCGUAUGUAGAAUCACACCAGGUUUCUUCAUCGAAGAUGCCAAUUCGCGGAACAGAAAGAGUUGAUGAGAAGAAGAAAGAAAAACAUUCGGAGCCUCUUACAUUAUAUGAUGAUAAGAAACGAAGGUCUUCUGAAAGUUAUGAUCCUUCAAAUCUUCCUCCGUCCACUUUGACGUCGCACUAUGAUAAGCAAAAGGAUAGGCAAAAAGAAAAGUAUAAAUCGAAUGUGUCAUCACGCUCAUCAGAGAGAGAUUUCCCUAGAAGAGCUUCAGAUGCUCAUGAUGACUACAAGCUUCCUCCACCCCCACCGAUGCCGUCACAAGAUCUGGGCAUCAUGCAUCUCAGGGAAAAAGAAAAACCAGUGACUAUCUCACGAUCAUCAGAAAAGGGCUCACAAAAGAAAUCUUCAGACUCUCACGAAAUGUAUAAGCUUCCACCUCCACCUGCGAUGCCUCAACAUGAUCUCGGAACGAUCCAACGCAGACAAAAAGAGAGACGAACUUCUUCUUCUCAUUCAUCAGAGAAAGAUUUAAACAAAGAGAUGUCAGAAAUCCAGUCUCUUUCAAAACUUCCACCACCACCACCGAUGCCUACUCAUGAUGUUAGCAAAACAUACCAAAAAGAAAAGGAAAAGAUAUCCGCUCGUUCAUCGGAGAAGGGAGAAAGCAAAAAGCUCAGUGAUCAACAAGAUUUUUACAAGCUUCCUCCACCACCGCCGAUGCCUCAAGAAAAUUUGGGAGAUCUACAUCAUAAAGAAAAGCAAAAAUCAUUGCCAAUGUCUCGUCUAACUGAGAAAGAAUCUAGUAGAAGAUCUAUUGAUGCACGUGAUAUCCUUACUCAUCCACCACCAACGAUGCCUCAUCAUGAUCAAAGCAGAAGUUAUAUUAAAGAGAGGGAAAAACCUAUGGUCUCAGCUGUUACAUCUGAAAAGGUUCAUAGCAAGAAAUAUACUGAUAUUCAUGACGUGUACAAACUACCUCCUCCACCACCUAUGCCUUCUCAUGACAGUGGUAAAUCAUUCAUGAAAGAGAAAGAGAAAUCGGUUUCUUCAUCUCGUUCAUCUGAAAAGGAUUUCAGCAAGACUUAUAUUGAUGUUCAUGAUGUUUACAAACUUCCGCCACCUCCACCGAUGCCUUCACAUGAUUUGGGAAAACCUCAACAAAAAGAAAAAGAGAAAUUACCAAUGCCAUCAGGAAAAGCUUCAAGCAAAAAGGCUUUCGAUCUUCAGGAUAUCUACAAACUUCCUCCACCACCGCAGAUGCCAUCGCAUGAUUUGGGUAAGGGAGCCCAGAAAGUGAAAGAAAAAUCAUUCGAGAGCAUUGGAAAAGAUCAAACUAAGAAGAAUGUUGAUACUCAAGAUCUUUCUAAGCUACCUCCUCCACCACCGAUGCCUUUGUUCGAUACUCUGGAAGAUCAGGGAAAAGCGAAAAUGAAACAACCUGUUUCCUCUAUAGCCGGGAAAGAAGAACUUAAAAAAUCGUCAGAUGCUCAUAGCGUUCAUAAAAAGACAUCUCAAGAAUCAUCUGACACUCAUAUCGGUGAAAAAUGGAAAACAACUCAUCAUCGUGUAGAAAGAAGUGGAAAGCUUAGUCUCGAUCUUUCCGAACGUACUAAGCUCGUAAACGAAGAAAAAGACCAAAGGAGAAAGUCUGUUGAAACUUUCGAUCAUUCCAAGCUUCCUCCACCACCACCAAUGCCGUCGCUUAAUCCAAAAGAAAAUCGCUCUUCGUCAACAGGAGAAAGCAUGAAAUGGAGAGAAUCAUAUGAUUCUUCAAAGUUGUCAUCAGCUUCGACACAGCAACGAAAACCUGAACAGUUUCAUGAGAAAGAGAGAAAAGGAAGACCGCAACAGGAGCCUGCAAAGGUCGCAAAUGAAAUGGGAAAAAGACAUUCUGAAUCUCACGACGCUUUCAAAGCUCAAUCUUCUCAGGUUUAUCCUGGGUCCAAGAUCGUCAAAGGAGAUGAGAGGGAGAAGAAAGACCGUUCUUCUACAGGAUCGUCAGGAGCUUUACUCGAUGUUGGCAAGAAAUUCCACGACGAUCGUAAAUCCCCCAGAAGCCCACCUCCACCACCACCGACUUAUCCUCGACCGAGAAGUGAGAAGGCUUUCGAACCUAUGAGAAAAGAUUAUAAGAGUCGUGAAGGAGAGCUAACAAAUGCUCCUGUAAAACAACAACAUACCACACACUCGGUAAUGCCUGAGAAGAUGGGCCAGAAGGAAAGAGGAAUGGAAAAGAGUGAAAGCUACAAAAUAUCCUCAAAACAUCCAGUUCGUUCAGCUUUUAAUGAGGACAACAAGACCCCUGUAACAUCUUCGAUGUCUUCAUAUGACAUGGAAGCUACUCGCCGAAAAGAGAAAGAUAGAACAAAAACAUUGGAGAAAGAUGAAACCAGAUCUAUUGAGCAGUAUGAUCUUUCCAAACUUCCACCUCCACCACCGAUGCCAUCAUUUGACGCUAGGAAGUUCUCGACCAAAGAAAAAGCAAAAUCAUCUUCUUCGUCUCAUUCAUCUGAAAAUAUUCAAAGCAGGAGACAAUCUCAAUUGUUCGGUUCAACAAGCCGUUCACCACAACCAACUAUGCCACGAUUUGAUAUUGUGCACGGUAGUACUGCGGAAAAAGAAAAAUCAUCUUCUUUAUCACAAUUUGGAAGCAGCGAUCAAUCAACGGAUCAUCCAGACUCUUAUGAUCCAUCAAAACUACCACCACCGCCGCCGAUGCCUUCCUUGGAUGCUGGAAAAGUUCAUGAGAAGGAAAAAGAAAAAUCCAGGAGGCCAUCUGACAUACCAUCUGUAAAAUCGGCUCAUGAGAAGAAAGAAAAUGAUGACCAAAAGGCUCGGAGAGAAAGUUCAAGUAGCAGAAACGAAUCGUUGACAAAGAGCAAACAUGACGAUGACACAAAGACUUCUGAGACAUCAAAACAAGUUCAUGAGUUCAUAAAAAUGCCAACAUUUGCUCGUGAACGAGUUCACGGAGAGAAGAGAGGUGAAAGUGAGAGAAAAUCCAAGCCUUCAGAUUAUGAUCACUCUUCUGAUAUGAGAAAGCAUUUUGAUUCAAAACGCGUGAGCACGGAUUCUACAAGAUCUCUUGGAAAGUAUGACAAGUACUCUGAGAAAGAGAGGAAAGAGAAGCAUCAUCCUGACGCAAUCGGAAGCUCUAGUGGAAGCAACUCAGCAGAAACCGGAAGAAAGCAUUCAGAUUACUCACACUCAUCAAGACGUCCCGAGUAUCAUCGUGAUUUCGCGAAAUCGGAGAAACAACAAGAAAAAGAGAGAAGAGAAAAGGCACUCUCAGGAAAAAACAUGAGUUUGAAUGAACAUAUCAGAAGGUGUUCUGAAAUAUCCGAUUCCACUAGGCGUCAAACAGCUGGAUAUCCCCGAGAUCCAGAUGCUAAAGAACACGUGAGUAGCUCUGAAAGAAGGGAUGAAUCUGAUUCUGAAACAAAGUCAUCCACGAGCAGUUCGAGCAAAAGAUUUGAGCAUUAUCACGAGAAGAUUCGACAUGAUUCAAGUAGUUCAAGUGAGAAGAGUGGCAAACCAUUCCAACACAAGUUCUCAACUCCACGUGAUACUGGCAAGAAGCAUGUUGAUUCAUCUCGAUACGAAGAUAAAUCAGAGAAACAUCGCAAUAUUGAAUCAAGUCAUUCAUAUGCACAUGCAAAGAAACUUUAUGAGGAAAGCUCAAAAAAGCGUAAACGAAGAGGAUCCGGCAGUUCUGACGGAGAAUCUGAGAAACCUCACAAAUACCGGAAACGUUAA